GCUGCUGUGGCUUGCCAGGCAGGCGGGCUGAGGGGGGCAGCGCUUCGUGCCUCCGGUUCCCGCUCGCUCCCUCCGUCCAGGUGGAUUCCCGGCGACCUCUCCCGCCUGCUUGCCUUCCCUGCCUUCCUUCCUUCCUGCGCCAGGGGCUGCCCCACGAGCCAGCGGGGCUGAAGCGCGGCUCGCCAGUUCGGAGACGCAGCACGGCCAGGCAGCCAGCCGGGGGGGCCAGGCCGGACAGCGGUGGCUCCUGAGGUAAAAUAAAGAGGCUUGACGACAAAGCCGAAAGGGGGAUCAUUUCUAAAAGAAACCAUGCGUGCACGUCUGUAGAAAUGGUUUGCGGCUCAGUCAAGCUGGAGCUAACCAAAUGAAGCUAUGGGCUGUGCAUCAGCCAAGCAUGUUUCUGCUGUUCAAAAUGAAGAGGAAGCUCAGAAGGGGAAGAACUACCAGAACGGAGAUGUAUUCGGUGAUGAGUAUAGGAUCAAACCUGUGGAAGAGGUCAAAUACAUGAAAAAUGGGGGAGAAGAUGAUCAGAAAAUAGCUGCCAGAAACCAGGAAAACUUGGAAAAAAGUGCCAGUUCACAUGUAAGACUUAAGCCUAAUAAAGAGCUUCCAGGAUUAGUACAUCAACCUAGAGCAAACAUGCACAUCUCUGAAAGCCAACAGGAAUUUUUCAGAAUGCUGGAUGAGAAAAUUGAAAAGGGUCGUGAUUACUGUUCAGAAGAAGAGGAUAUCACAUAGUGCCAAUUCUGCCGAUCAGAAAAGGAAUGCUACUGCUGUGUAAAUAGAUUACAGUCCAGUCGAGAUCUGUUUUCAGAAGUCUUCUCAAGUGAACAGCACUAUAUAACAAAACAAAAAAAGAUCAUUUCCACAUUGUAUGCUCCGUUCAGUGACAGUGUUUCUUAAUGACCAUACAAUGAACAUUGCUCAAGGAAAAGAAAAACACCUUGUAUGGAACUGCCUCUGCUGCUGCUAGUUGGAACUUGUUGCAGGUUUUUCAAUUUCCUGUGGUCCCCAGAAACACGGCAAAUCUUUGACAUACAAUCUGAGAGAGACACUGUAGAUUCCUCUUGGGCAGUCGGCCUGUUUUCUAUUGGCUGCGGUAGUGGUUAAUAUGAAAAACCUUCCAUAACCGAGCGGCUCAGCCUUCCAAUUCACCCUGUUUGUCAACCCCCACCCCCCUCACCAAACGGGGUCAUGGAGUUCUUCUUAUUACUGACAAUAUAGAGCUUUGGAGAUGGGAUGCUUUUGCCAUGACAGACGUCGUUUCUGUGCUAGGAAGAAGUUAUCAGUAAAAAAAAGCAUGCACACAAAUACUGGAUAUGGUGAUGCAGGAGCAGAAAUCUGUAUUUUUUUUAAAAAACGGUUUCUUUUACUAGAUAUUUCAGUCAAGGAAUAAGCUUGCAGUAUUGGCUUUGCUGAACGCAUUUGGAAGUUGUGAUCGCAAUCAGUUUGACUCCCUCGGGUUUUUUUUUCUAAGAAAAUAAACAUUUUACUGUUUUUAGGUAUUCUUGUCUUAAACCCAUUCAUACAGUCCAGUGUUUUAAGGAUAACUGGGUAAAAAGGGGGGGAGGGGGAACCAAAGCACCCCUUUGGGAUUAUAAUUGGGAGAGGAUGUUAUUUUAAA